AUGGGGAGGGGGAAGGUGGAGCUGAGGAGAAUUGAGAACAAGAUAAACAGACAGGUGACUUUUGCAAAGAGAAGAAAUGGAAUGCUUAAAAAGGCCUAUGAACUCUCUGUUCUUUGCGAUGCCGAAGUUGCCCUCAUCAUCUUCUCCAACAAAGGCAAACUCUAUGAGUUCUGCAGCACCUCCAGUAUGGUAGAAACACUGGAGAGAUACCACAGAUGCAGCUUUGAUUCAUCAGUUGAAGCCCAACAAUCUCCCAAUAAUGGACAGAACAGCUACCAUGAGUAUUUAAAGCUCAAGGCAAGAGUUGAAGCUCUGCAACAAUCCCAGAGACAUAUUUUGGGGGAAGAUUUGGGCAGGUUUAGUGCACAGGAACUUGACCAAUUAGAGGGUGUAUUAGAGGCCUCUUUAAGACAAGUUCGAUUAAAACAGACACAACAAAUGUUCCAACAGCUUUCAAGUCUUGAACAAAAGGGAAAAGACCUUAUGGAGAUCAAUGAAUCACUGAAAAGCAAAAUUGAAGGAAGAAGCAGCAGCAGCAAUAUAGGAUCAUUACAAGAAACAUGGGGUGCCGGCGAUCGGCACAUAGCGCCGUAUAGGCCGAGGCCGGUGCACCCUGAGGUCUUCUUCGAGACUCUCGAUCGCAACAACUCGGCCGACAUGGCUCGAGCAAAUAAUGAAGCAGGAGGAUCAUCAACACAGAACAAUAAUGCCAAAGGGUUGCUGCCGGAAUGGAUGCAUUGA